UGCGGCGCCGAUCCGAGUCGAAGCCCCGCUCAGGUCCGAGUCGAAGCGAAGUCGAAGUCGAAGUCCGAGCCCGCGUCCACCGUCCACCACAAGUUCGUCGCGGAGGCUGUGACAACGACCAACCAUGUUGCCAUCCGCAUCGACGACGAAGAUGAUGGAGCCAGCAGCUCCUGCUGCGCCGUGUGCAUGGAACCCCCGGAGUGGGUGAUCGUCGGCGCGUGCGGACACCGAGAGGUCUGCCUCUACUGCGGCGUCCGCAUGCGUUUCUUCCAAGAUGACCGCCGGUGCUGCAUCUGCCGAGCCUUGUGUGCCACCGUGGUCGUUACAAGAGCUAACACUAACAGCAGGCCGCCGCAACUUGUUGUCGUCGUCGACGACGGCGGCCGCCAAUCAUCCGUCUUCUCGGAGACAUCACCGGCGUUCGGUGGUGUAAGGCUAGCGGGCACUACGCAUCGCUGGUACUACCAUGGCGGCAUGGCAGCGUACUUUGACGAUCGAGCACUCUAUGAGGCCGUGAGGAACAUGUGUUCCAAGCCUUUGCCGUUGCCGUUGCCGUUGCCUUUGCCGUUGCCAGCAGGUGCAGGCAACAACACACGUCAUCGUGCACUUCAAGACCCAAACACGGAUCCAACGUGUUUCGUGCCAUAUCUAGCAUUGACGGCUUUUGUGGGGGCAGCCGGUAGCAUUCCUUUGGUCAUGCAAUACCUUAAGGAUUGGCUUCUUAGAGUUGCAGUUGUAAUUGUGUCUGGCGUCUUAGCGGCGGCAUGGUCAUACUUCCAUUCUAGGAUGUGUACUCCUGAGUCAGAUGCAGAUCGAUCAUGAAAUGUAGCUGUGUACCGUUAUUGUAAUGGUGAGGU